AUGAAUACUUCGAUGCGUCAUAAAGAUGUCGCAAAGUUUUACUACGUUUGUAGUCAAUCCGUAGUCGCGAUGAAAGAAUAUAAAGAAGGGUCUAAUAGAAAACGAAUGGAACGCUUUCCAUGUCAAGGAAAAAUGCAAAUGAAAAUUGAUAUGCCUGCUGCUGAAGCUAUGCUUGAAAUUCAUCAUGGCAUGCUUCAUAAUAGACCCGUGAUCACUUCAGAAAUUAGUGAAGAAUGUAGAAAAGAAAUUGAAGAAAACGUUCAUUUAAAUCCUAUUCAAUUACGUCAAUUACUCAGAGCUAAAAAUGUUAUGAAAAAUUAUACUCCAAAACAAAUUCAUACUUAUUGGGAAAGAAUCGCUAAUCUUAAAUGUCCGGAAUUAGUCCCCCAAUAUUCCGUUACUCCUGUUGUUUCCGUUGUUCCUAUGUUAUCUACUACUGUUGACGGUACUUAUACUAUGAUACCGACAAUGCCAUAUCCUCCUUUACCUCCUUCAAUGCCUAUGCCAAUUGUCCCGAAUACUUCUCCUUCCACUCCACUAAAAGUUGAAAAAACUUCAAAAGUCGCUAAUCAUACUUACAAUCAUGAUGAAUUUGCUGAAUAUGCUGCAAAGAUGGAACAGUUUGCAAAAAGAAUCAGGAAUCAAUUGGAUCGUCGGAAUUAUCAUUGGUUAGAUACCGUAAAAAUCCUGACCGCUGGUGUUAUCGAAAUGGAAAAUGAUAUUGAGGAAUUGGAAAGGCAACGUGCUAGCGAAAGGGCUACAAAACCAUGGACAAUUCAUUAUAAAUAA